UAAAUAACGUUCAUCUUACAAACGGUUGUCAGGCCUCGUUCGCAGAAGUUGUGUGCUGCAUGUUGAUUCGACUAUUCUUUUAAUUUUAGUUUUAUAAUUUGUGUUUUACUUAGGAGCAUCUGUUCCUUGUCGCAAUCCGUAUCGUGUGUUGUUUGACACAUAACUGUGAUUAUAUACGCUUAAGAUCAUGGAUAGCGAAAACGCUACAAUUUCGGGCAAUCGUCUUGCUUCCUACAAACAUGGAGCUAAAACUAAUACGGAGCUUCGCCAGCGGCGCCAUGAGGUCACUGUGGAGCUUCGCAAGAACAAGAAAGAGGAUCAGCUUUUCAAACGCCGAAACAUCAACAACGAAGAGCCAUCAGUCACUUCACCUCUGCAAGAGAACAACUCUCAGAGUCCCGUUGCGCUUAAACUGGAGGAUAUACUGGCUCACGUCCACAGUGGAAAUCCUCAGAAAGAAUUCGCCGCUAUUCAAGCGGCAAGGAAGAUGUUGAGUCGCGAAAAGAAUCCACCAAUCGACACGAUGAUCACCAUGGGUCUCGUGCCAAUCUGUGUGCGGUUCUUGGACAACUUCGAUAGACCAGAUUUGCAAUUUGAGGCGGCAUGGGCACUGACAAAUAUUGCUUCGGGCACUUCCGACCAAACGAAGACAGUUAUCGAAGCGGGUGCAAUCCCGAAAUUCAUUGCCCUCCUUAGAUCACCCUCGAACAAUGUGGCUGAACAGGCUGUUUGGGCCUUGGGUAAUAUCGCUGGCGAUGGUUCCAAGGCUCGAGACAUUGUGCUGGAAUAUCAAAGUGUUGAAGCGAUCAUUUCAUUGGUGCAGAAUCCUUCCACCCAGAUUUCAUUCCUUCGUAACAUUGUGUGGCUGAUGUCAAACUUAUGUCGCAAUAAGAAUCCUCCGCCGCCAUUCCACCGUAUCGAUCAGAUGAUUCCUAUUCUUUCCGUUCUGCUGGAGCAUGACGAUGAUCAAGUAUUGGCGGAUGCCUGCUGGGCAUUGUCUUAUGUUACAGAUAAUGAGGAAGCAAAAAUCGAGUCCGUGGUAAGGGCACGAGCAGUUCCUCGAUUGGUUCGCUUGCUGGGACGCGAGAAUCCGGCCAUCGUCACACCCGCUUUGAGAAGUGUCGGCAACAUCGUGACGGGUAAUGAUGCCCAGACAGACGCGGUACUGACAACAGACGCUCUCACGUUGUUGGGCAAUUUACUUCACCAUUCGAAGAAUAGCAUCGUGAAGGAGGCUGCGUGGACAAUAUCGAAUAUCACCGCCGGAAAUCAGCAACAAAUCGCAAAAGUGCUGGAAUCAAAUGUCAUUUCCUCACUGGCACUUGUGCUCGAAAAGGGCGACUUCAAGUCUCAGAAAGAGGCCGCUUGGGCCAUUACGAAUACCACAACCGGUGGAUCCCAGGACCAGAUUAUCCAAAUGUUGGAAAAAUAUCCGAUUAUAAGACCGUUCAGUGCUUUGUUGGAUGCCAAGGACAGUCGCACUGUGCGGGUUGUGCUGAACGGGAUCGCAAACAUCUUCCAGGUGGCGGAAAAACGUGGCGGAUUGGACAAUCUGUGUAUGAUGUUUGAGGAGAUCGGGGCGCUCGAUAAACUGGAGACGUUACAAAACCACGAAAACGAGGAUGUCUAUAAGAGAGCUUUCGAGUUGGUUGAAAAAUACUUCACAGAUGAUGAUGAUGUGAACACCGGAUGUGCCCCUAAAGAAGUGAACGGUGCUUUCGAGUUCAAUGCUAACCCUGAAAUGAACGAAGGGAAGUUUUCAUUUUAAGAUACAUAUUUACGUCGUCAACAUUUAGUACUGCAAAUGUGAGAUGUGAGAUCAAGACUGCAAAAAUUGAACUGCCUUUCCCCGACUUUGUCUAACUGUAUUGAAUUUUGUACGUUUAUUACUGUGUUGAAAAAAAACUGCAUGAUGCCAGCAACUGGCGCAUUUGUCGGAUGUAAUUAUUUACUGCCUCUUUUUGCAUAAGUAUAAAUUAAUUUUUGAACAAA